AUGGAUGACAGAAUAAUACGCCUCGUCGACAUUGCCACCAUCUACGUGCAGGAGUAUAUGUCAGCCUUCGAUUCCUCACACGAUUACAAUCAUGUCGCUCGUGUGCUAGCCCUAGCCAAAAUGAUUCUUAAAGAUGAGAACGCUUCGCUACCUCGGCCCUCCCACGCGCCUCGAGGCGACAAGAAUGAUUGGGAACCUGUACCACCAAUGGGGCUGAGCGAGCCGGUUGUGGUCCUCGGCGCUCUAUUGCAUGACGUGAAUGAUAGCAAGUACUUGAAUCAGUUGGAAAGCCCUGUCAGCCUUGCAGAACUCCUCAAACGAUGGGGCGCUGAUCACCAGCUCGCCAUCCGGGUUGAGCGGCUUUGUCAGGGAGUGUCGUAUUCCACUGAGAUGCGAGAUCCUCAAUGGGUGAGGAAUCUGAUUCAGGAGAUUCCCGAGCUCGCUGUGGUGCAAGACGCAGAUCGUCUGGAUGCCUUAGGUGCAGUUGGGAUUGGAAGAUGCUUCACGUUCGGGGCUUCGAGAGGUAGAGGCUUGCCCGACUCUGUCAGACACUUCGAAGAGAAGCUGCUGCAGUUGGAGAGAAUGAUGAAGACCAGGACCGGCAGGGAGAUGGCCAAGGCCCGCACUGAACGUAUCAGAGAAUUCAUGCGAUGGUGGAAUGACGAGACCGAAGCUAUAGCCGGAGGAAUGGCAUUCUAG